AUAAACUAUAGUACUGUUUACGCGAUAUCCUGUUGAUUUAAAUAUUUUGUGUCAGACAUAAAUCUUGUAAAAUCGAAAAUGUUUUUUUAAAAAUUUCGACGUUCUACGAGAUCACUUCGAGUUAAAUGAUCUAAAAAGUAUAUUUACUGUUAAAUAAAAUAGUAAAAUAGUUUUAGCCUUUAAUUUAAAUAAAUAUCAAAGAUGGAAGACCCAUUUUUCGUCGUAAAAGAAGAGGUUGAAAAGGCUUUAGCGACAGUGAAUCAGUUAUAUGUUCGUUGGAAAGAAUUACAAGAUAACACAUUAAGUAAAGAAGAAUUAACAUGGACAGCUACAGAAAUAAAUAACAAUAUUCGUAGUAUAGAAUGGGAUCUUGAAGAUUUGACGGAAACUAUUUCAGUUGUUGAAUCAAAUCCAUCUAAAUUUAAUCUUUCCGCAACAGAUAUUGAGCAGAGACAACAUUUUAUAAGUAUAACAAAAAGCAGUAUCAAUACAAUGAAAGAUAUUAUUUCUCUACAAAGUAAAGGAAAAUCUGAAAAGGAAUCUAGGAAUGCAUUACUCACAAAAAACAGUUACAAUAAUAAGUAUGCUCGUUUGGACAAUGAAAUUGAACAAUCAAAUCAAAGAUUUAUUGAUGACCAGUUUCAGCAGCAACAGUUGCUGUUGACAAAUCAAAAAACGCAGCUAGAAAAUGUAGGUCAAAGUGUUGGAGUAUUAAAAAGCAUGGGGAAGCAUAUAGGAAGUGAACUAGACGAGCAAGCCAUUAUAAUUGAUGAAUUGAACCAUGAAGUAGAUCAAACUGACUCAAGACUACAAACAGUUCUUGUGCGAGUUGAAAAAAUGCUAAAGUUAGCAGAUGACAAGAAACAGACUUACGUUUUGAUCGCUUUAAUUUUGAUGUGCCUCGUUGUUGUCAUACUUUUUGUUGCAAUUUGAUAACAAAAGUAUUUUAUUCGAAAUUAAAAAUUGUGAUUAUGAGAUAAAUUCAAUAGUAUUUACCUUUAAGUGACGAAUGUGUUAUCUGAUAUAAAAGUAGAAAAUAGAAAUGAAAAGUUUAUCAGUAUUAGAGAUGUCAACAAUUAUGUAGAGUGAUUUUGGUUCUUCGCAAUGUCAUUUUUUAACACAAUUGUAAAUGUUAUUUGUAUAUAAAUUAUAUUUAUGAAUAAUACAUCAUCAACGGUUUAAAAAAACUAUUUUUUAAAAAUUAUUUUAUGACGUGAUGUCUUUUGUUUUUUAAAUUUUUUUAACGUAUAUUAAUUUAACUCUGUGUAUAUUUGCACAUUUACAGUAAAAUAUAACACUAUUGUCGCUAAAAA